AGAGAGAGAGGUCAGGAGGAACGCUCAAAGCAACAAAGCACAGCCAGGCUCCGUCUCCUCCAUCACUCCUCUCCCGCAGUCAAAGAAGCCUGAGGCUCCCAGCUCAUCCAAUCCGUUAAGAAAAGCAUCACGGUCCCCUCCCUCUCCUCCAUUCUCAGAGCAAAAGGACCAAGGAAUUUACUUCCCCAGAGGCUCGUAGCUGGUCAAUUCUGGGAGGGGAAAAGCAUCAGAUCUCUCCCCCCCACCCCUUCCUUAGGAACAUCUGGACAUCAUCCAACCUCGCCCGCAGGGGCCUGAAGGAAGAGUCUCCUUGUGGUCCUUGCGUCUGGUGUCUCUCCUCUCUCUCUCUCGCUCUCUAAGGCAUCCAGUUGAAGAUGGGCGCUGUGCUGUCGCUCUCCCCAGAGAACAAGACCAAGGCGAGCACUGGGGAGGAUGGACAACACGCGGGAGCUAAGAGCUCCAAGGAGAAAAGUCUGAAGAAACAUUCGGUGCUGAUCUCAGCCCUGACGUGGAAGCGUUUGGUGGCUGCUUCAGCCAAGAAGAAGAAUGCUAAGAAGGUCAACCCAGCCCUGCCUUGCCCGGCCAAGAGCAACCCUGUGGAUCACCUGAACAGCGAGAACCUCAGGAAAAACGGGCAGCAGACAGCCCCCAUCUCCUCAGAUCUCAAAUUCAACGGCCCUCAGCAGAAGCCCCCUCCCACCGCGCCCAUCCCCGUGCCCGUUCCCGUGGCCCCCACUGCGCCCAUCAACGGGACCUCCAACGGGAGGCAACUGGUGUCUGUGCAGAGACAACCGGCCAACAACCACUGCCACAACACCUCGCCACGGCGGGUAGUGGUACAAGCGUCCACCGGGGAGCUUCUCCGCUGCCUGGGUGACUUUCUGUGCAGGAGAUGCUACAAGCUCAAGCAUCUGAAUCCCAGCGAGCCAGUACUGUGGUUCAGAAACGUGGAUCGCUCGCUCCUCAUCCAGGGCUGGCAAGACCAAGGCUUCAUCACUCCGGCCAACGUGGUCUUUGUGUACUUACUGUGCAGGGAGAUGGUGGACGAGGAGAUAGCCAGUGACUUUGAACUGCAAGCCACCUUCCUGACCUGCCUCUACCUGGCCUACUCUUACAUGGGCAAUGAGAUCUCUUACCCCCUCAAGCCCUUCCUGGUGGAGGUAGACAAGGAAACUUUCUGGGAGCGGUGUUUGGCUGUCAUCAACGUGAUGAGUGCCCAAAUGUUGCAGAUCAACUCUGACCCUCAUUUCUUCACCCAGGUGUUUCAGGACCUGAAGAACGAAACCAAUAGCAGAGACUCUAAUGGACAAUACAUAAUCAACUUGGAUCGUUAAGUGUGGGUUUUUUUCGGGUUUAUUUUAAGGUGCGUGUGGAAAAGGAAGGGAAGGAAAGGGAGGGAGGGAGGGAGGGAAGUGAAAUUGAAUGGGAGAUGUUCUAUAGUCUUGUGUUAUUAGGGGAUUGGGUUGUGGGGAGAGAGGAGGGAAGGGGUGAAAUCUUCUGCUAGGAAUGUAAGAAAU